CCGACGGCCUAUCUCGACCUGCACAGUAUGGAUCAGACCUCGAUGGAUAGCCAUUUACCGGAACACAAUGUUGGAUACCAACUCCUUCUGAAGAUGGGUUGGAGCAAGGGGAAAGGACUGGGGCGGGGCGGAGAAGGCCGAGUGGAUCCCGUCCGUAUCAUUGUCAAGGAGGACACUCUAGGUGUUGGAAAAGGGGAGGAAUUGGAUACAUAUCACCAAGAGAGCACGGCAAAGCGAAAAGCGCUGGAUAGCGAGAAGAUUGCCGAGGAAACGGAGGCUGAGCGGGACCAACGCCAGACCAAAGUGCAGCGAGUGGAGGCAAUAAAAGAAGAAAUCAAGGCCGUCACUGCGGCAUUCUUCUGUGAGACCUGCCGGAAACAGUACAGCAAGAUAUCGGAAUACGAGGCACACCUCGUCUCGUACGAUCACCAUCACGCGAAGCGUUUCAAGGAGAUGAAAGAGAUGAGCCGGAAAGGGCUAAAUGUCGUUGCGGAGAAGCGGAGACGUGGGGACAAGGAGCGUGCUAGGGAGGAGAAGGAACUGCGGAAGCUGCAGGAAGCU